ACACUGGCCUCUUCCCCCCCCCACCCCAGCAGAGCCCAUGGCUGAGGGUGAGGAACAACCCCCCCAUAAGGCCAAGGGACCCCCAUGUCCUGGGGUGUGAGGACAAGAGCAGGAGGUGACAGCAAGGCUGUCCUGGGAGCAGCAUCUCCCAUCCCUGGGGCACAGACAGGCUUGUUCUGGGGGGGCUCAGGCACAGCCUGUCCCAGCAGCAGGUUCUGGUGGGGGGGCAGGAGCUCCUCACCCCAGCAGGAGUGAGGGCCAGCACCCCAUACCUCCCAGUCCAUCUGGUGGCAUCCUGCUCUGUCCCCCCAGACCAGGGUGUCACCCACACCAUGGGUGACGAUGGGUCUGAGACUCCAUCCUCAUGAUGGCAGGGCUGAGCAGGGGCCCCCCAGCACCAUUCAGCCUGCACAGUAUCCCCCCAUGGGCAUGGCUCGUCCCAGAGAUGGCAUUGGGGCUCCAUGGCCACCCCUGCACCCCAGUGUCAGCGCUGCGCCCCCUGCUUCCCACAGGCAGAGCCACCCGGGACCCUGCAGAUGAGGCCACCGUGCAGCCACCCCAGCAGGCUGCCCCCCCAAGGGGUCCCCCCAGGCAGCCGGGGCUCCCCGAGGACCCCGGGGCCAGCGACCCCUCGGUUGUGAGCACCAUCGUCUGUGCUGUGCUGGGCCCCCGGGGGGUCCGGAUCGUGUUCCACAGCAUGCAGCGGGCGCUGGACACGUCCCAGAGGUGGCUGAACCGGCACCUGAGCGAGAGGCAGGCAGAUGAAGCCCGGAGACGAGUGGUGGCCAUAACACAGCAGCUCUGGCCGCGGCCACCAGACAUCCGCCCCCAGCUCGCCCGGCUCCAGCGCGUCCUCGGCCUGACGGACUCCACGCGGGAAGGUGGCGGCCCGGAGGUGUACAGGACCAUGGUGACGGUGCGGGGACAAGUGGCGGCUGCGGGUUGGAUGCUGGUGCAGCAGCUGUGGGACGUCUCGGCCAGGCUGUGGGAUGUCUCGGAGAACCUGCGGGCUCGGGCCGAGAGGCUGCGGGUGCCGCUGAGCAAGGCAGCACGGAGAGCGCGGCGCAGGGUGGCCGAGCUCCGUAACGUCUUUGUCCAGGUCGGGUCCCUGGAGGAGCUGCUGGUGGUCGUGGUGAGCCGGGGAGAGGAGGUGGUGACCCAGGCCUGGCAGGCGCUGGGGGUGUUCCUGCUCCAGCACCCGGCACUGGGGUGGCUGCAGGACGCUGCUGGGACAGUGAGACAAGACGCCACCGAUGCUGCUGGGACAGGGAGACCAGACACCACCAAUGCUGCUGGGACAGGGAGACCAGACACCACCGAGGCUGCUGGGACGGUGACACCAGAUACCACCAGUUCUGCUGAGAUGGUGACACCAGACACCACCAGUUCUGCUGAGAUGGUGGCAUCAGACACCACCAGUUCUGCUGAGAUGGUGGCACCAGGCAGCACCAAAUCUGCUGAGAUGGUGACACCAGACACCACUAAUUCUGCUGAGGUGGUGGCACCGGACAGCAUCAAAUCUGCAGAGAUGGUGGCACCAGACAUGCCCAGUUCAGCUGGGAUGGUGGCACCAGACAGCACCGAGGCUGCCGAGAUGGUGACACCAGACAGCACCGAGGCUGCUGAGCCACCAGACACUGCCCCCCCGGACCCCCAGCCCUAAGGGUGCCCAGUUUAACCAGCCAUGCGGGGAUCUGAAACCCCAUGGUGUCCUCGGUGCCACCAACAAGGCUCUGCUCAUGCUGA